UACCUACACGAGGGCCGACGCAAAUGAAUGAAAUAUCCAAACUAAUGGAUCAGGGCAAAAGAGUGGCCCUCGAAGUUAAUGAUAAAGGUCAAUACUGUGGAAAAAGCUAUGCGAAGCUCGUAUCCACUCUAGGAGUCAGAUGUCGGCAGACAAUAGGGUUGGCUUAUAAAAACUGGAAAGAAGUCAACCCGACUCUGAAAAAUAAAGUUUGGAAAGACAUUCAGGUAAGCUAUUAUUUGUUAGAAUUUUGAUUUGUUUUUCUAUUACUCCAAAUGUUGACUCUAACCGUGUUUGUUUUCCUUCAAAAUAGACGGGGUUCAUUGUGCCGGACACCUUCAAACAUGAUUGUCUCAUCCUAGCUGGGAAGUUAAUGAAAGACUUCAAGAAUAGGAUGACAAAAGACAUCAUAAUGCCCGCGUUGAAAGAGAAUGAUCUGGGACGACUGGCACAAGUCCCUGGAAAGCACCCCGAGAUCGACGCUGCUGAUUGGUGCAAAUUUGUUGAAAGUCGACUAACUCUUGAAUUUCUGGUACGCUUAUUAUAUUAACACUAAGAUAAACUCUUAAAUACAAUUACAUGUAUCUAAUGUAUUUUUUUGGCAUUGUAGGAAUUGAGUAAGGUGCAACGUGAACGUUCCUCAAAAAUUCAAUCCAGACAUCGAAGUGGUCGGAGUGGAAUGGUGAACGUACGGGAAGUUGUGAAAAAGGACCUCGAAGUUGCAGAUCCCCCCCGCCACCGUGUUUGGAUUAAAUCUCGCACCAAGAGUAGAAAACUUGUCACUGAUUACGACAAGGAAAUUGCAGAGAAGAUAGCUCAAUUAGAAGAGAAGCUUAGUCAGGGACAAAUUCAGGUCCAGGGCCAAAACGAUAUCCUGACGCAGGCGCUCGGGACACCAGAGCAUCCUGGACGUGUCAGGGCUGCUGGGUUCCUGACCAGGGCAUCUCAACUGUUCGGCAGGAAGAAAAGGGAAGUGUCUGAUGUUGUGGCUCGGCAAGCGAAGGAGAUUGAAAAAUUAAAAGCCGAAGUCCAAUCCCUUAAGCAGCAGAGGAACGCUGCCGAACAAGAGGAAGAAGGAGAGGUGGCUGGUGAGGCGUAUGUUCCACAACCAUACGCUCCUCAGGAUGAGGUACAACCACAAAUUUAUGCUGAGGAGUUUAUUUCCCUCAACGACCAAGGUAUCCUAUACAAUUUUGAUGACCAUGCGGCCCUUAAUCAGCAAGUACAUCUCUGCUCUGACAACAUCGACAAUAUUGUGGCCCGAGGGUAUUUGUACGAGCAUGUGGGUACGAUCAAAGUUCACUGCCAGGAUUACGAUGAUUCACAUGCCCGGAUCAUGGUUUCGGAAAUCCUGCAAGAGGACGCUGAAAUCCCAGUCCCAAUUGAAGAGUGCAGAUAUGUUAGGGACGUAUGCCAGAUGUUCCUUCCUUGGCCUAAACACUUAAUUUUAACAACCGAGGGUCCACUCGCUCAACCGCCCUCAAGACGUGAUGCGUCAAAGGGGAAAGCUCCGAUGCUUUCUCCACAAGGCCGUGGUGCACGGGAAGAUGACUUGUUCACGGAAGAGAAGAUGGCGUUGAUCCCUAAUUCGCUAAAAUGGAUGAUUCAUGAAUUCCUAAGGCUCAAAGAUAAACGUGAUAUAAUCACAAUUCCUGUCCCCCGAGGAUUCAUUGCACCGCGUACCCAGAUCACGUUAUCUGGAGAGGAUUUGCAGCAGGUUGCUACGUGUGACUACAUCGGCAACCAGGGAAUGCUGUUUGGAAUGAUGCACAUAUGGGAGAGCAUCAACGGUCUGAGAAAAAUUUUCAAGUUUUACGACCCAGAGCUUCUCACAGUGCAUGGGAUCAACGAUGAAGAACAGAGUCAGUCUUUUGACGAUGCGGCAAGACGAUUGGCUAAUUGGUUAUCAUUAAUGAACAACAACCACCAAAUGUUCUUUAUUCCUUGGAAUAUCGGGAUGCAUUGGACGCUAGUGGUGGUUGCGCCAAGGAAAAUUAUCCAUUUAAACCCUGUAAAAGGCUGCCCAAUUCCCGAAGUAAUAGAACAAAUGAUCGGAAGGGCAUUCAUGUAUAUAGGGAACGCACAUGAGUAUCUUGGCCAGUGGCAAGGAAUUAACCAAGCAAACUGUCCAAGACAACCUAAAAGCCAAGAAUGCGGAUUUUAUGUUUUGAAAUAUAUCACUGACAUCGUCGCACGUGCCAACCCCAGCCGUUACAUACAAGAUCAAAAAGCUUUUGGGGGUAAGAAGCAAUACGAUCCAAAAACAGAAUUGUUACCACUACAGCGAAAGUGGAUCGAACAAUUGAUGGCGGUGAUUCACGGUGACGAUUGAGGUUGAAAGGUCGAAGAAUUUUUCUUCAUUAUGUAAUUUUUAUAGAUUAACUUGUAGUUAGAUUUAUUAACUUUAAUAUUUUUAACUAAUUUUACAUUAGUGUUUGUGUAAUAUUUAAUUAUUUUUAUGAAAUUAAAUUAUGUAUUUUACCCAAAUUUAAAUAAUAUUUGAUUCACAUUUUAAAAAAUAAAUAUGUAAUUUAUAUUAAAUAAAAUAAUAUAUAAAAUUAUUAAAUAUAUAAAUAAAAUGAAAUUAAA